CCUUGUUGAGUCCAGAAUCCAUUCACUGAAACCCCACAAAUCAACAUUGUAACCCAACUGUAAUGAUAUCUCACCCUUUCUUCUGAUUUAUACUUAAUAUUCCCUCAAAUAAAAAAAAAAAAACAGAAAGAAAGAAAACACCCGUCUCCACCGAUCGAAGCUAUACACAAAAUAGUAAUAAUCUCAUGCAGUUAGAAUCGGUAGCUAUCCUUUCUAUGCGUUAUUGUUAUUCUUCGGUUUAAUGCAGAUAUAGAAAGAGAGAUGAACGUGAAUCAAUCGUGUGUUGUGGCUGGUAAAAUAAAGCACAUGCAGCAGCAGGAUGUGGACGUGAAGGGAGGGAGGGGUUAGGAAGGAAUUGAGAAAGUUUUGAUGGGAAAUCAGAAUCAUCAGCGUCAUCAUCAGGUGGUGAAAGUGAGGAGAGAAACGAUUGCAGCAUGCAUGACAUGUCUUCUCUGCAAUAAGUUACUUAGAGAUGCCACCACCAUAUCUGAAUGUCUGCAUACGUUUUGCAGGAAGUGUAUAUAUCGGAGGAUAUCAAAUGAAGGAUUAGAUAGCUGCCCAAUAUGCAACAUCAAUCUGGGCUGUGUUCCUUUGGAAAAAUUAAGGCCAGACCACAAUUUGCAAGAUGUGAGGUCCAAGAUUUUCCCAUACAAAAAAAGAAAGGUAGAGGCACCUGAAGUUGCAGAGUCAGUUGCAUUACCAGUUACUAGAAGAAAGGAAAGGUCGCUCUCAUCAUUGGUGGUCUGCACUCCUAAAGUUUCCACGCACACUACUACAACAGGAAGAAGAACGAAACCUUUUCCAAGAAAGGCUGCUGCUUUACGAGGUACCAAUUUUUCCAUUGAAAAACCCAAUAACAAGGAACAUGUUCCUGUUGAAGAUAGUCCAGAGAGCUCAAGUUCACCCGAAACUCUGAAAAAACCUAAUCAGAACAUAAAGCAGAAUUCUCCCUGUACUGAACCCAGCCAACCUGAUCCUGAUGAAGCAGAGAAUGGGACUGAACCAAGGGAUGGGAAAUCAGAUCUCUGGCAACCUUUAAAUUUUUUGGUGGAAGUUGCGAACAGAACCAAGUCAUUCAAGUCUAGUCCACAACUUAAUGAUGCUAAAUCAGAAUCUCGACCUGUCCAUGACAAUGAACCUCGAGCGCUUAGAACCAAAUUUAAGGGAAACAAAGACAAAUCAAAAGUAAAGGAUGAAAAGAAUAAUAUCGAUAAUGUCUCUGAGGGACCAGUGGAACCAAAAAGGUUGCGCAGAAUACGUCAAAAAAGGGCAGUGUUUAAUAACAUUUCAGGCAUUUCAUCCCCGGCAGUGCUGGACACUGCUGCUGCAAAGCAAGAAAGAAGAAGUGGUACUGUUUGGUUUUCAUUAUUGGCUUCUGAACAGGAAGGAGAAGCACCCUUGCCACAAAUUCCUUCAAGUUACUUAAGGCUAAAGGAUGGAAAUGUACCUGUUUCUUUCAUCCAGAAGUACUUGAUGAAGAAGCUAGACCUCGCUAGUGAAGCUGAGGUUGAGAUCAGAUGCAUGGGAAGACCGGUGAUCCCUACAUUACUAUUGUAUAAUUUAGUUGAUCAGUGGCUACAAACAGUGCCGAAGACUGAGCAAGUACCAGUAACUGCUGGUUUCUCGGCAAAGGAUUAUGUGAUGGUGCUUGCCUACGCUCGAAAGGUCCCAAACCAAUAACAAUGCUUUUCUCCAACUUGUUGUUCCAUCACAUCAUCAAUAAUCCAUAUGCUUCUUUGAACCCCGGGGUAACAAAGUGAGAUUUUCUCCUCGGCUUGUAUAUUUUGAGCACGUCUUUCAUGACUAGUUCCUCCACAAUAUCUGUGGAGUCUUUGGUUUAUCCAAACCAGGCUGCUGCAGGGAAACAGGGGGUGAAAAGGAAUUCUUUGAUUCAUGAUUAUAUAAAUGCAGGCAAUCUGCACAAGCUGGUUAGCCUUCAGUGAUGAGGUGCAAGUUCACGGGUGUUCUUCCAGAUACUGUAUGAUUACACACCACCUAGCGCAAGACUUUCUACGGAGACCAACACAUCUUUCUUGGCUGCAUGUUGCACGAUAUGCGUGCUAGAUGAUGCUCUAUUUGUUUAAUCAGACUUACGCUCCCAUUAUUUUCUAUGGUUGAUUAUUCAUUGUAGGCAGAGAUGGACCUGCUUCGUUGGCUGCCCUCCACGAUAGAAAGUUUUGUUUUUUGAGCCU